ACAAUACGGUCGCGGCAAGUCUGGUGGCCAAGUGCGCGACGAAUACCGAGCCGAGUUCGACCCAGGCCGAGGCGGUUAUGGACGUGCGGUGGACGAAUACCACGAGGCGCAGUAGGAUGCUCAUUGUGAGGGCAACGAAGCGAGCGUCAGCGAUGGAGAGAUGGAAGACGUACAGCCGGAUGGGCGUCUGGUUUACUGGACAACAAUAACUUGGUCACGAUCAAUGGUGGUAUCAGCGAUUCAAUUAGGGAUCAUUACUACGCGGAGCAAGAGGACGAUUAACGUCACUAUUAGCAGCAGUCCGGACAGCACAAGUUCUAAGACGCGCGAUUGGCCAGUGACGGUUCCAGAGGGUCUUUACAAUACCAUGGCAUGGGUGGGGUUCGGCGUUAUUCAUUCGAGCUUGAUUCCGGAUUCUACAUGCCUUAGCACUGUUAGGGCAAUAGAUAUUCUAGUCUAAGUCAUAAUAACUGGCAAAGAGCAAGUCUUGGCAUCCUU